AUGGACAUUCAUUCGUAUAUUUCAGACGAACAAUACACCCACGGAAAUCACAUAGUAACAGUAGUAUCAUGGAAUACAACUAAUGAUUUAAUUGCUACUGGACAAGAUAACGGAGAAAUCGUAAUUUCAAAAUUAAUUGCAAACGAAUUUCAUCAUGGCGUUAUUUCAAUAUCAAAAAUCUACACGAUAGUUGAGCACAAAGCACCCAUUACAUCGUUAUCGUGGAAUCCCAUCAAUAAUAAAUUGGUUUCGGCAGAUCAUGGGGGCAAAUUAGUUGUUUGGACUGAAAUGGAUUCAAUAUGGGUUCCAUUACUUAUUAAUGAUCUUUCUAGAGUACCAAUCCUUACUGUUUUAAAUUCACCGAAUUCAGAAUUAGUUUCUAUAUUAUAUGCAAACGGAAAAGUCGUAUGUGGCAACAUAAAUGGAAGCCAGAAAUGGAAUUCCGAGUUAGAUUUCCUUCCAAAAGCAAUGUGUUGGUCAUCCAAUUCUAAAAGUGUUUAUGUAGCAGACAAUCGCAAUAAUAUCUACAUUCUUCGCGAAUACGGCACUAAGGUCAUUAAAAUCGACAUAUCAUCUCUCGGAAUUGAAAAACAUACCGAUCAAAUUACGAAUCUUUUUUGGAAUAAAAGGGAUGGUGGCACAAUCCUUGUAACGUUCCGCAGUGGUGUUGUUGCGAUCUUCCGUGAAAAAGAUGAAACAUCACCUAUUACUGUUAUUACAGAAACACGAAUUACUCACGCAGCAUGGUCACGCGAUGGCAGCCGAUUUGUCAUUGCUGGGAAGAACCAGACUACAAAUAAAAUAUUCAUACAGUUCUAUACUUCAUCAGGAAAUGUAAUAAGAACGAUGGAAUUAGAAGGAAACUACAUUUCGAGCAUUUGUUUCAGUCCUGACGAUACAAAGCUUGCUGUUUGUAUAGAUACGAAACUAACAAUCAUACAGACUGUUCCUAGAGUUCCAUGGGUAUAUUUCAUGAACACAUUAGUAUAUGCAGCUCCUUCAUUACAAACAAAUGAAAACAAAACGUCAAAUGUUGUGUUUUUCAAUUCAAAAACUGCUGAAAAACAUAUUAAACAGAUUGACAAGUUAGUUGCCAUUGCGAACUCCAAAACAAAAUGUGCAAUUCUCUCUGAUUCCAAUGGAGAAGCAUCAAUUAUAAUAACAGAUGAAUUUGGAAUUCCUAAAUACAGUACAUUCAUUUCUUUUACGCCUCAACACAUUGCUUUGACAGAAGAAAAGUGUAUUAUAUCAUCAGCAUACAAAUUAUGUAUCUGGAAUUUCGUCAACAACAUUGCGAAGUUCCUUUCUUUUGAUUACGACAUUACUUCUGUUGGCGCAAGAUUAAAUACAGUUUUUGUGACUUUGACAAAUUGCGCAUUGAUGUCAAUUGAUUUGGUUACGAAUGAAGAGAUCGGACAUUUCACAACACCUAGGCAGAUAGAAGCUAUUGACGUUAGUUCUGAUAGUACGAUGAUAUCUUUGAUUGAUGUUUCUGGAUUCCUUUAUAUUUUGGAUUUGAAUACAGGAACAUCACAAGAAGUUUUUCGAUCGGAAACAUGGGGAAAUAAAUGGGCAAUUGACAGUCCAACUCUAUUUGCAAGCCUUGAGAAACAGAAUAUAUAUAUUUACAAAGGUUUGCAGCCAAUAGAAAGAAUCCCAACAAUGGCAAGUAUCUGUGAAUUUCAUUCUCUUUCAAUUCUUUCUGUUGAUUUUGUCAAAAUUUUCAAAAAUUCAUUGAAUCCUGAUGUUUCUUGUUUCAACAGAUACGACACGAAACCUAUCAAUGAUAUUCAUCUCUUGUUGAAGAGCUAUACACCAAAGAUUGCUCAAGAGAUUACUGACUACAUCGCUUCAUUUGAUUGUCCUUUUGCUUGGUAUUUAUACGCUGAUUUUGCUCUUUCUAUUGAUGAUCCGGGAUUGGCUGAAAAAUGCUUUGGAUUCGCAUUUAGCAAUGAUGGAGUUGUCAUUACAAGAUGGAUGAGAACAGUUAAAGACAAAAUUGCUAGAAGAGUAUACGCGCUUUGGUUUUUAGGACAUCAAAAAGAAGCUUUAGAAUUAAUUUCCCAAAACAAUAGAGAUGAUUUGAAACAAAAAGUUUUGAAUUUGGAGUCGGAAUUAUCGAAUCCAAGCAUUGAUUACUCGGAAAGAUAUAGGUAUAUCAAUGGAAAAUGGAAAGAUGCGUUGAAAUACUACCAAAAGAAUGACAAUAAGUCAAUGAUUGUCCAAUGUUUGGCUAAUUCUGAUGAUGUUGUUGGUUUGCAAGAUUUGAUGGAGAAAAGUGAGAAAAAUUCAGAAAUUUUGAAAGAAAUUGGUGAAAAAUUUGUUUGUCUUGGAUCAGCACAACAGGCAGCAAAUGCAUUCAUGAAGUAUGGAUCUCCACAAAUGGCAGCUAAUGCUUAUGCUCAUUUCAACAUGUGGAAAGAAGCCUUGAAAAUUGCAAACAAUUAUAAAGAAGUUGAAAGAAAAUUAAUUGUUUCUAGAUUCGCAGCACAUCUCGCGGACGCAAAUAAGAAUUGUAGAGCAGCAAGAACACUUAUACAUUGUAAGAUUUACCAUGAAGCAGCAGCUCUUCUUGAAAGAGAAGGUGAUUUGAGAAUGAGAAGAGGAAUUGAGUAUUUGAUGGCUAAAAAAUUGUUUGUUUUUAGCGCAUUCAAUGCAAUGAAAUCAUUGAAAGCCAGAGGAGAAAAGAUAUCUAUUUAUAAAGUAUGGCAUAAAGCAGAAGCUGUUCAUUACUUACUUUUAGCUCAUAGACUUUUGAACGAAGGAAAAUACGAAGAUGCUCUUUUCCCUGCUGCAAGAAUUUUGUUUGCUUAUCAAGAUGUUGUUGUAAGAGAGACAAGUGCUGCUUUAUUGGCUCUUGCUGGAUAUCACGCUGGGUAUUUCCAGGAAUGUUCUCUUGGAUUUGGAUUCCUUGAGCAUUCUGAAAAAAUAUCACAAAGAAAACGUGAAAGAAUCGAACAAUUGGCUGUUAAUUUGUUCAUGAAGAAAACUCCAGAUGACGAGAAAACAAUUGA